UGAUACGCUGCUUGGCUGCUCCUAUCUACUACUCCUUUUGUUGUUCGAGCUCAAUUUCCGAUGGAUUCAUGUUCGGUUGCCCACGUUCAUCAGCUUCUUUUGUUUCUCUCCCUCGCUUCAUUUUGCGCUGUGUUAAGCUCCGGCUACCUUAUUCAUGAUUCCUAUGCGGAAGAGAUACUGAGUGCAGCCCAUCAAGACAAAGAUUGGUUAAUAUCAGUGAGACGGCGAAUUCAUGAGUACCCUGAACUCGCUUUCCAAGAGCACAACACCAGUGCUCUGAUCCGCACGGAACUUGACAAACUUGGUAUCCCUUAUACAUACCCACUUGCCAGAACCGGCAUUGUCGCGCAAAUUGGUUCUGGCUCUCGCCCUAUCGUCGCUCUUCGUGCUGACAUGGAUGCCCUUCCUUUGCAGGAGCUGGUUGAAUGGAGCCACAAGAGCAAAAUUGAGGGCAGAAUGCACGCGUGCGGGCACGAUGCUCACACGACCAUGCUACUUGGUGCCGCGAAAUUGCUUAAUCAACGGAAACAUAGACUUCAGGGAACUGUACGACUUCUUUUCCAACCUGCUGAGGAGGGAACUGCUGGUGCCCUUCAGAUGAUCAAAGAUGGAGCACUUAAAGAUGCAGAAGCAAUUUUCGCAGUGCAUGUUGAUUAUAAAACUCCUACAGGAGCCAUAGCAUCUAUAUCUGGACCUUUCUCAGCUGCUGGGUGUAUCUUUGUGGCAAAAAUGAUAGGAAAAGGUGGGCAUGCUGCAGAACCCAACAGAAAUGUGGAUCCAGUGCUGGCUACAUCGUUUGCAAUAUUGGCACUGCAACAACUUGUCUCAAGAGAAUCCGAUCCACUAUAUAGUAUAGUACUAUCAAUUACUUAUGUCAAAGCCAGUGUUGCGUUAAAUGUGAUUCCAUCAUAUGUUGAAUUUGGUGGCACUCUAAGGAGUCAGACGACUGAAGGCAUGUAUCAUUUCAGACAGCGAAUAAAGGAGGUUAUUGAAGCACAGGCAGCUGCGCACAGAUGCAGUGCACAUGUAGAUAUGAAAGAAGAAACCUUCGCCCCAUAUCCUGCUGUUGUGAACGACAAUAAGUUACACCUGCAUGUGAAGAGGGUUGGUCAGCUUCUGCUUGGUCCUGAAAACGUAAGGGAGGCCAAGAGGGUGAUGGCAGGUGAAGACUUUGCGUUUUAUCAACAAGUGAUUCCAGGAGCAAUGUUUGGCAUUGGGAUUGGCAAUGAGGAAGUGGGAUCAGUUCACUCUCCACACUCUCCUUUCUUCUUUCUUGAUGAGGGAGUCCUUCCAAUAGGGGCUGCACUUCACACUGCCAUUGCUGAGCUAUACUUAGAGGAUAACCAACAUUCUUUUGUGCAGUAAGAUUUUUCUUAUUUUUGGUGCUUCAUAUAUUGAUACACCUCGAUCACUUAAACACCCACGUUCAUGAAUGCUCAUUGACUUCUUGUCUUGACUGUAAUGGGCGGCAUAAUUAAGAAUGUGUAAAUAUAUGCUCAUAAAACUCUCACUUUUUUUUUUCUUCUGUUGAGCUUUUCUUUUGAGUGGUUUAAGAGAGGCUUGACUUUUUCCUAAAUACCAAAUUCCCGACCAACUUAGUUCAAUGAA